CCCGGCCGAGCAGGGGACCGCCCGGGGAUGCCCCGGCGGACCGGAGCGCGGGCAGCGGCAGCCGCGCGGUGAAGGCGGCGGCGCCCCCGGGACCCGCGACUGCCAGGAACUGCUGCCGCCGCCGCCGCCUCCGGCCCCCAUGGCCUACACACCGGGCGGGGGCGCCCCGGCCUCUGGGGCGGCCCCCAUGGGUUCCCAGUACUGCGUGUGCAAAGUGGAGCUGUCUGUGAGUGGCCAGAACCUGCUGGACCGGGACGUCACCUCCAAGUCCGACCCCUUCUGUGUCCUCUUCACAGAGAGCGAUGGCAGGUGGAUUGAGUACGACAGGACAGAAACUGCCAUCAACAACCUCAAUCCCGCGUUCUCCAAGAAGUUCGUCCUCGACUACCACUUUGAGGAGGUGCAGAAGCUCAAGUUCGCCCUGUUCGACCAGGACAAGUCCAGCACACAGCUUGACGAGCAUGAUUUCCUGGGCCAGUUCUCCUGCAGCCUGGGCUCGAUCGUCUCCAGCAAGAAGAUCACUCGGCCUCUGCUGCUGAUGAAUGACAAGCCGGCGGGGAAGGGCUUGAUUACGAUCGCCGCCCAGGAACUGUCGGACAACCGGGUCAUCACGCUGAGUCUGGCAGGCAGGAAGUUGGACAAGAAGGACCUCUUUGGGAAGUCAGACCCAUUUCUCGAGUUUUAUAAGCCAGGAGAUGAUGGCAAGUGGAUGCUGGUCCACAGGACUGAGGUGAUCAAGUACACAUUGGACCCUGUGUGGAAACCGUUCACCGUGCCAUUGGUGUCCCUGUGUGACGGGGACAUGGAGAAGCCCAUCCAGGUCAUGUGCUACGACUAUGACAACGAUGGGGGCCAUGACUUCAUCGGCGAGUUCCAGACCUCGGUGUCACAGAUGAGUGAGGCUCGCGAUGGUGUCCCGCUGGAGUUCGAGUGCAUCAACCCCAAGAAGCAGAGAAAAAAGAAGAACUAUAAAAACUCGGGCAUUAUUAUCCUACGAUCCUGCAAGGUAAACCGGGACUACUCCUUCCUGGACUACAUCUUGGGAGGCUGCCAGCUCAUGUUCACCGUGGGGAUAGACUUCACAGCCUCCAACGGGAAUCCCCUCGACCCCUCCUCUCUGCACUAUAUCAACCCCAUGGGCACCAACGAAUACCUGUCGGCCAUCUGGGCUGUGGGGCAGAUCAUUCAGGACUAUGACAGUGAUAAGAUGUUCCCGGCUCUAGGGUUCGGGGCCCAGUUACCCCCAGACUGGAAGGUCUCCCAUGAGUUUGCCAUCAACUUCAACCCCACCAACCCCUUCUGCUCAGGCGUGGAUGGCAUCGCCCAGGCGUACUCGGCUUGCUUGCCCCACAUCCGCUUCUACGGUCCCACCAAUUUCUCUCCCAUCAUCAACCAUGUGGCCCGGUUUGCGGCCCAGGCCACGCAGCAGCCAACAGCCACGCAGUACUUCAUCCUCCUCAUCAUCACGGACGGGGUCAUCAGUGACAUGGAGGAGACACGGCACGCCGUGGUGCAGGCUUCCAAGCUGCCCAUGUCCAUCAUCAUCGUGGGUGUGGGCAACGCCGACUUUGCUGCCAUGGAGUUCCUGGACGGCGACAGCCGCAUCCUGCGCUCCCACACUGGGGAGGAAGCGGCCCGAGACAUCGUGCAGUUCGUGCCCUUUCGAGAGUUCCGCAACGCAGCAAAAGAGACAUUGGCCAAAGCUGUGCUGGCGGAGCUGCCCCAACAAGUUGUGCAGUAUUUCAAGCAUAAAAACCUGCCCCCCACCCACUCGGACCCCGCCUGAGCGCCAGCCCGCGCAGCAGCAGCAUGCCGCCCGGGCCCCUCCCCCAGGAACGUGCACGCUCACCCUGCUUCCUUAUGGGUGGCCAUUUUUUUUUUUUUUUUAAUGAUCCACGUUUAUUUUUUACAAUCGGACCUCCACCCCCACGUUCCCCCCAGCCCAGCUGGGCUUCCUUUGUUGGAAUCGACUAAUGAUGCUUCCAGGCCAGACUGGCUUCCUCUCUUCCUGUCCCUGCCAUUCUUAAUUAUUGAAUGUACUUUGUAUAAUUUUCGUGGAAUAAUUAUUGUUAUUA